AUGAGGAUGAACCAGUUUUUGCGAGCAUUUUCACUAUUAUCCAUCUUCUAUCUCUUACAUCCUCCGGUAACCGAAGCUUUGACAAAAGGCAGAGUUGCGACUGUUUUGAGCAUUGACGGAGGUGGGAUCAGAGGUAUCAUUCCGAGCACCAUUCUGGCUUUCCUGGAAUCCAAGCUUCAGGAGCUUGAUGGACCAAAUGCAAGAAUUGCAGAUUAUUUUGAUGUAGUUGCAGGAACGAGCACAGGAGGGAUCGUAACCAUCAUGUUGACAGCUCCAAAUCAGGACAACCGCCCUUUAUAUGCUGCCAAAGAUAUUCCCAACUUCUAUUUGAAAAAUUCUCCCCUCAUCUUUCCUGAGAGCAGCCGGAACAACAUCGUAAAGUCAGUCACGAAUUUGUUUGGCGGGCCAAAGUACGACGGAAGGUACAUGAAAUCAAUAAUAAGGUCGGCUCUGAGAAAUCGAACCAUGAGUCAGACCUUAACCAAUGUGGUCAUACCAACUUUUGACAUCAAGAGCCUUCAACCCAUUUUCUUCUCCACCAAUGAUGCGAAAGCUAAUGCCACAAAGAAUGCUCUGUUGUCGGAUGUAUGCCUGGGGACAACAGCAGCUCCAACCUAUUUUCCACCACAUUACUUCCAGACCAAAGACGCACAAGGCAACACUCGGGCUUUCAACCUCAUCGACGGAGGAAUCGCCGCUAACAAUCCAACUCUGAUAGCCAUAACCCACAUAAACAAAAGAAUCCUGGCGGGUGAGUUUCAACCUGUGGAUAUGAGGCCGAUGGAAAGCAGUAAGAUGUUAGUUUUGUCAUUGGGCACUGGAACUGCGAAAUACGCUGAAAAAUACAGCGCUGCAGAGGCCUCUAGAUGGGGUUCUCUUGGUUGGGUAUAUAACAAUGGUAACACUCCAAUCCUGGAUGCUUACAGCAGUGCAAGCUCUGACAUGGUGGAUAUUCAUGUCUCCACCCUCUUUCAAUCACUUCAUUGUGACCAAAACUACCUACGAAUUCAGGAUGAUUCGUUGACGGGGGAUACAUCAUCCAUGGAUAUGGCAACCACAAGUAAUCUGCAAGCACUCGCCAAAGUCGGUAACGAUCUGCUGAAGAAGCCGGUUUCGAGAGUGAAUUUGGAGACAGGAAAAUAUGAGGUAGUUCCAGGAGAAGGUACCAAUGAACAAGCGCUUACUCAGUUUGCCAAGCUGCUUUCAGAUGAGCGGAAGCUUCGGCAAUCCAGCUAA